UACUGCUGUGGGAGCGAAAGAGGGAAGGACCAGGGUGUGCCUGCAGCUGCCGGGGGUGGGCAAGCUGGCGUUCUGGAUUGUGCCAGAAGGAGUCCCCCUGUAGUUGCCUCUUUCUUCACUCGUGGGGUUAGGGGGCAAGAGGCUGCAGCUUCUUGGGUCGUGGCGGAGCAGUGACUCUUCCGUCAGUCAUUUCAACCCGCCCAUGUUGACGACUGCCUUAAAGAGCUCUAUUUACAUUUGAAGAUGUCUAAAAAGAAACUGAAAAAAUUAACUGGAAAGGAAGACAAUUUGGAUGGCCGGGAUGACAAAAAUAUUGAAGACAUAAGAUGUUAUAACCAUACUAUGAAAGGAGAGACAGAAUUUCAGAGAUUCAAAACAGAGAAAGAUGGGCAAGAGGAGAAGCAAGACCGAAGUUCUAAUAGUUCUUAUGGCACUGAUGGAAAAUCCAGAGGAAAAUCUUCAAAUAGAAACAAAGCCACAGACAAUUCUUUAGUCCAAACUGAAAAGCAAAAGAAAGUAGUUAUUGAAUUUAAAGCCAGAGAAAUUAAACAUGGAAGAAGUACAUGCACUCCUGAUGUAGUGACUACUAGCAAGGAAAGUUACAACAAAAGUCAUCUUGAUGGGACAGAAGGAAAAAGACUCUACAGCUUUGCAGUUCAGAGGAGCAAGGCACUGAAGAAAAAGACAGAGAAGGCCGAACUUUGUAAACUAAAGUUAAAAGGGAAACAAACUAUGUUGGAAAAAAUUAGGUCAUCUGUCCAUGAUUCACAUGUACCACAUAAAAAGGCAGAUGGAAAAAAAUUGAGUGAAGAUGUCAGAAAUUCAAAAAGGCACUCUGGCACCUCUACACAGACUGUGUAUGAUAAUAGGUCUUUCACUAAGAGGUCAAAGAUAUUAUCUAAUACAUGGGAAGAAGAGUAUGAAGAUAAAUGUAAAGAGUUUUCUAAGAAAAAACAGCAUUUGAGUAAACAUACACCCUCAUGCUAUUCGACUGAAAGACUACAAAGAUGGGACUCUUGUAAACAGAAGAAACAGGAUGCCAAUUCUGAUAAAGCUGCUGGUAAUACAAAGAAAGAAAAAAGGGACUUCGAAGCCACAUCAUUAUGUUUUAAACAGAGGACUGAUAAAUGUUCUACUUCCAUUCCUACUUGUUUCUCGAAUUUUGAAGUCCCAUGCACAUCUGACACCUACCAAGAAGGUGAGGACACAAAGCCUGUCCAAAAGAGCGCUGAAGUCUUUCCACCUCUUCAAGACAGUCAGAUCCCUGAAACAGACCAAGAGAUGCAGAUAGUUGAAGAUUUGCAUGUUGCCCGUGUUCAGAAGAGGAUGAUGCUGCCUGUAGUAGAGACUUGUGGAGAACUUACGAGUAUGGAAAUAGAUCAUCCAGAGCAGGAUUUAAAUAUUUCUGCUGAGACUUCUACUUAUGGUCUGAACAUACUAGUGGUAAUUGACACAAAUAUAAUGAUUAGUCACCUUGAGUUUGUCAGAUCCCUGAAAUGUGAGAAUAUACCAGGUGUUGGCAGACUUGCAUUAAUAAUUCCCUGGGUUGUUCUACAAGAGCUGGACAACUUGAAGAAGGGGAAAAUGCUGCAGCAUGUUCGGGACAAAGCUAUCCCUGCAGUCCAGUUCAUCUAUAUGUGUCUCAAAAACCAAGAUUCAAAAUUGUGGGGACAAUCCAUGCAGCUUGCUUCUCAAAAAAUAUAUGGCCUGAGUGAUGAGAACAAUGACGAUCGUGUUUUACAAUGUUGUCUUCAGUAUCAGAACCUCUUUCCUCAAGCUGUUGUCAUACUCUGCACGGAGGAUAAAAAUUUAUGUAGUAAAGCCAUUGUGAGUGAUGUCAAAGCCUUCUGCAAAGCUGAUUUGGUUACUGUUCUACAGAAUCUGAACGUAAACAUGCAGCAGAACUGUUUUCAGUUGCAACAGCCAAAAUGUGAUACAGAAAUCAAGAAAACAGGAAGAGGUGAUGCUAGUCUUACUACAGAAUGCCCAGAUAUACUUCCAGACCUUGAAAAAAACUUAGGAGAAGCUUUAUCUUGUAUUCUGGAGACUGAAAUGAAAAUCGCAUUUGGAAACCUAUGGAUGGAGAUACUGUAUCUGAAGCCGCCAUGGACAUUAGAAAACCUGCUGAAGUGUUACAGAAAACACUGGAUGGCUGUUUUUGGUCAUAUUGUGCCAAGGAGUUUGCUUUCAACCGUUGAAUGUCUCUAUAGACACCUUUGUACAGGUAAACCAGUUGACCCUUCAACAGUGUGUAUCUUGCUCCAGGAAUCCAAAAAAUUACUCCAUGCUUUCAGUUCAAGGUCAGACUAUAAUGGUGUACUUCCUCAAGCUUAUGCUGAAGUGAAUAAGCUAUACCAAACACUUACAGAGGUGAGGUCAAACAGGGAGCAGAAUUUAUCAGAAGACAUGGUUCUUUCAGAAAAUGCUGUAUGUGAAAAAAUGGAAGCAAUGGCACCAAAUCUGCAAAGCUCUGAAGAAAAAAAGUUAAAUCCAAGCUUUCAUGUGUCUCAGGAAAGCAGGCACCAGGAAAUCUGGUCAGUCCUUGAAGGUGUAUGGAACACAAUAAACUUGUACAGUAUUGAAAUUUUCCAAAAAUUGGGCCCUGGCAUGGUAACUGUGACUGCAAAGUCUUCAUUUGAAGAAGCUCUUUUAGGUCUGCAGAAACUAAUGUCAGCUGUGAAUGAUAUCCGUGAAGGAAUUAGUAGAAUUCUGACCCCAACCAGUAGUUUCCAAGAUAUUUGGGCCCUGUAUGACUUCCUUAUAAGCAAUGAGGUAAACAAUAGUAUGAAAUUCACUGCUGAGGAGCUUUUUGAGUGUGUUUCACAAGAGAUGUAUCGGAAAAAGUUAGAAAUUGGAUGUUGCCAGCUGGUCCAGCUGGAACAUACCAUUAAGCAGUGCCAUGCAUCAGUUCAGACAGAAGCCAAGAACAGGGGCUGGCUGUGACACCUGGAUGAAGGUUUGGAGCUCUGCUGCUCACCCCUUGCACUUCCCUUGUCCAGGCAAAGUCUAACUUCUCUGGGGUAUGUGGGGGAAAUAUUUGAGGACCCAAAAAAAUCUGCCUUCUGUUUUUUUGAUGGUGCUGUUUUGUAUUUGAUUUGAAGGGAAAAAAAAGCAACUAGUUACAAGUAUACAUGAAAUGUCAAGAUUUCUGCUAAGAAUCACCAGCUAAUGGAAUUGGUUUGGUGCACAGCAGAUGUGCUGGAAUGGUGUUCUAAAUUCCAGAUGUUUGGAGCCAUUAAUGGUUACAUAGGAAAAUCCAUGUAGGGCAUUUAUUUGCUGAAGUGACAAGUGAGAAAAAAAGAUAUAUUGUGACACCUGGGGCUCUGAAAGAACAGAAAGGAAAGCAGCUGAAUCCCAAGCCAGAUACCCAUAAUGCUUGCUAACCCUGCAGACAUGAAGGGCUAACAUGCAGAUGCCAGUAUGUAGCCUGUGUAGUGAACUACAGGAUACAUAAGAGGACAGCAGAUGGGGAAAGAAAUGGAUUUAUGCUAAUACAUAUAUAUACAUAUCUUUUUUCUUUUUUAACCCAAAACAAACCCCCACUGUCAUGCAGGUAUGUUUGUCCUGGUCCUCUUUUAGAGGAAAUGGAUGUUUUUCCUUUGUUAAAAUGUCUGCUUAAUCUUCAUACAGCAGAAAUCUGCUCUCCAGGUGCCACCUUUUUUGAACCGAUUUUGUUGCUUUUCAAAAUUGCUUUAAGCCCAUGGAAACUUUCUAAAAGCCAUUUUCAGUGCUUCUGUGGCCUUUGAAGCUACCUCUUCUAUGUAUGUAUUUGUAUAGAGAUGAGAAGACCGCAGAGUUCUAGAAGUGUUUAUUUUGAUAUUAACUUUUUGAUGUAUUUGUAAAAUCUUCAUUGUAAAAAUAUGAUUUAUUGUUACAAUAAAUUGCUGUUAAUUCUA